CUAAACAAGACGGCGAGAAAGAAUACAGAGAAAAGCGAGCGAGAGGAGUUCACGCCAAACGCCAUAAACCCUAAACCCUAAAGCCUUUUAGGCAUCACUGCCUUCACUAAUCACUGUCUCUCCAAGUCUGCUUCAACAUGGGUGCUCGAGGUUCAGAUAAUAGCGACAACGAUGAAGUGAUGGAAGGAGAGGAGAUGGAAGAGGCAAACGCUCCCUUCUCCAAAUCUCGGAAAAAAGCAAGGAAGCAUGUGGAGCAAUUACAAAGGCUUCAAGAAAAGGACCCAGAAUUCUAUGAGUUCUUGAAGGAGCAUGAUAAGGAGCUUCUAGAAUUUGAUGAUGACAUUGAUCAAGAUACUGAAACUGAUGUGGAUGAAAAAGCACUGCAAGAAGAUGAUGAAACUGAUGUGGAUGAAAAAGCACUGCAAGAAGAUGAUGAAACUGACGUGUAUGACAAAGAGCAUCGGGCUGGUGUUAGAAGGACUGUACAAGAACCAACAAAGAAUGUAAUUACAAUGGCAAUGGUUGAUUCCUGGUGUAGUGCAAUCAAAGAAAAUAGCAAGCUAGGCGCUAUCCGUUCACUUAUGCGAGCUUUUAGGACUGCUUGUCAUCAUGGUGAUGAUGGGGGAGAGGAGCCUUCAUCAAAAUUUAGCAUCCUGUCUAGCAGUGUCUUCAAUAAAAUCAUGUUGUUUGUUCUAAAUGAGAUGGAUGUAAUUCUUCGCAGAUUGUUGAAAUUUCCUGCUUCUGGAGGAAAGAAAGAAGCCAUAAUAAAUUUGAAGAGCACCAGGCAGUGGAAAAAUCAUGGCAAUUUAGUGAAGUCAUAUCUUGGAAAUGCCCUCCAUGUGUUAAAUCAAAUGACAGACACGGAAAUGAUUUCAUUCACUUUAAGGCGUCUGAGAUACUCAUCCGUAUUUUUGGCUGCCUUCCCAAGCUUCUUAAGGAAGUAUAUUAAGGUCACUCUUCACUUUUGGGGUACUGGGGGUGGUGCCCUUCCAGUUGUCUCUUUUCUGUUUAUAAGAGAUUUGUGCAUUCGGGUAGGAGCAGAUUGUUUGGAUGAGUGCUUCAAAGGACUAUACAAGGCCUAUGUUUUGAAUUGCCAGUCUGUAAAUGCAACAAAGUUGCAGCAUCUUCAAUUUCUUGCAAACUGUGUCAUUGAACUAUGUGGAGUGGACCUACCAAUUGCAUACCAGCAUGCCUUUGUUUUCAUUCGACAGUUGGCUAUGAUUUUGCGAGAGGCACUUAAUAUGAAAACCAAGGAAUCAUAUAAGAAGGUAUAUGGAUGGAAGUUCAUGAGUUGCCUUGAGCUUUGGACUGGAGCUAUAUGUGCCUAUAGUUCUGAACCUGAUUUUCAACCUCUUGCAUACCCACUGACCCAAAUAAUUUCUGGGGUGGCUCGUAUGGUUCCAACUGCCCGUUACUUUCCGCUCAGGUUGAGGUGUGCUAGAAUGCUCAACAGAAUUGCAGCCUCCACUAGUAUGUUUGUCCCUGUUUCCUUCCUCCUGCUGGAUAUGCUGGAGAUGAAAGAACUGAAUAGGCGCCCCACUGGAGGUGUUGGCAAAGCUGUUGAUCUACAUACCCUAUUGAAGGUCCAGAAGCCUGUAUUGAAGACACGUGCAUUUCAGGAGGCAUGUGUGUUCUCGGUUAUUGAAGAACUUGCUGAACAUUUAGCUCAAUGGAGCUAUUCCAUUGCUUUCUUUGAGUUGGCAUUUAUUCCAACUGUACGAUUGCGAAGCUUUUGCAAAAUUACCAAAGUUGAGAGGUUUCGGCGAGAAAUGAGGGAGCUUAUUUGUCAGAUUGAGGCCAAUGCUGAAUUUACAAAUUCAAGACGUAUGACUGUUUCGUUUUUACCGAAUGAUCCUGCCGCAGCAUCAUUUCUUGAGGCUGAGAAAGAAUCAGGAACCAGCCCUUUGUCGCAAUAUGUUGUUACUCUGCGCCAAAGAGCACAACAAAGAAGUGAUUCGAUGGUGGAAUCAAGUGUUAUCGUUGGAGCACACUCGUCUGUCUUUGGCCGUAAGAAAUCAGAAUCUGAUGAUGACGACGAUGUUCAGGAUGAAGAAGAAGGUGCUGCAGUAUUUAGCUCAUCCUGGUUACCAGGAAGCAGUACCAAGAGUGAAAACCUAAAGCAGGUGAAGUCAAAGAAAAGGAAGAGACAUGGGAAACAGCAAGAAGAGGUAGCGUUAGAUGAGGAUGUUGUGGAGGAGUUGGUAUUAAGUUCAGACGAAGAUGAUUCGAUGAGUGACACCGCUUUUACAGAGGAAGAGGAUAAAUCAAGAUUGGUGUCUUCAAAACAGGGAACACAGAAACAGAAACCUUUCAAGGAUUCGUCAAAAAAUAAAGGACACUCCCAUGGCAAGAAGCCAAAGAAGAGGAAGAGAACUAAACAGGCAAAGUAGCAGGUGUUGAACUAGUUUAACAGUAAGGGAAACCAAGUGAAAGAUCAAACAAAUGGUUCUGAAUCAAUUGAGCAUAAAUGCAGUGAAUGAAAAGGUAACAAAAUCCCCAUCUCCUAGAUACAUUUGGCAAACCUGUGGUUCUAUUGGCCACUUCUUCCUCUCUGAAGUGUGUCAUUAAGUUUUUUGACUCAUGGAAAUUUUGGACUCAUCUUCCACAGUAAGACUAUAAACUGUGGUGGAUGGAAGUUUCCAUUCAAGGAGAAAUAGGGUUGUGGAGGAAAGGUUGAUCGAUUGCAAUGUGACUAAUCUUAAAAGAUUGAUCAAUUGUGGAAACCAUGAACACUAUUCUCAUGAGCAAUUUUGUCAUGUAAUCUGCUGAAUAAUUUGCUUCUCUAUGAGCAUGGAUAAUAUGGAACAAUUUUGUCAUGC